AAAAAGAAAUUUCAUCCACAAUUGUUAACGGGUCAGAGAAAGACAAAGUGAAGGGCCCAUAUCAUAUAUACGCGACAACCCAAACUAUACGAAUAUUUUGGAAUUGAACGUGAACAACGCUUUCUCUUUCUUCUUGGUUUCCUUCCUUGGCAUCCUUCCUCCGUACAUUAUUUGCAGAAGCAAGCCACAAGUUAUACGACAGGGAAAUUUAGAAGACGCGUUCAGUUGUAUUUGCAAAAGACUUACGUAAUAGAUCUCGUAUUCCUUAAGAUUCUGUGGGGUAUUUUUUUUUUUCGUAAUUAGAUCAAGAACCCAUGGACGAGGUUAUGACGGUAGCCGAUGCAAGAAGCGCCGGUCAAACGACGUCGUCGUCUUCUUCAGCCUCAUCGUUUUCGGGGUUACCAAGCAACCUCCCUCUCCUCUCUGCUUUUCUUUCCUGCGCUCUUGCUCAGUUUCUCAAGAUCUUCACUAAUUGAUGCUCAGGUAUAAAGAAAGGAGAUGGGAUUCUAAAAAGAUGUUUGAUUCUGGUGGAAUGCCUUCUUCACAUUCCGCUACUGUGACAGCCCUAGCAAUGGCUAUUGGCCUACAAGAAGGGCCGGGAUCACCAGCUUUUGCAAUUGCUUUCGUCUUGGCUUGCGUUGUGAUGUAUGAUGCCACAGGUGUCAGACUUCAUGCUGGUCGGCAAGCUGAGUUGCUGAAUCAAAUUGUCUGCGAGUUUCCACCUGAACACCCACUAUCCAGUGUUAGACCUCUGCGUGAAUUACUUGGGCACACUCCACUUCAGGUUGUUGCUGGGUCCUUGUUGGGUUGCAUUGUGGCAUACCUGAUGAGAAACACUGAUUAGUGUUGUGGCAUAAUGACAGUGUUGUUAGUUGUUACUAAUGGGUUCAUUUGCAGUGGUUUCUUCUGUCAAGAAAGAAGAGUGGAGAGAGUGUGUAGCAUAUGACUCCGUCAAUUAUUGAAGAUCAUCAAGUAGCUAUAAGAAGCAUUGCCUGGAUGCCAGUGGACUUGUUUAUAUGCAUUUGUAGAGUACCAAACUCAGAACGAACAUUUAUUCACGAAUGACUUUAAUAGAACAAAUUAUUCGAACAUCUUUUCAA